UGUGAAAGCAACGAGCAUCAGUGUCGGAAUGGCAGAUGCAUAUCAAUGGACUUCUUGUGCGAUGGCAUUCACGACUGCCCAGAGAAGGACGAUGAAAGUGACCAGGUAUUGCUAAACAGGAGUUGUCCAAACGACCUUGUUUACUGCGAGAUAACAAAGAAGUGCAUGAAGUCCUCCCAAAUGUGUGACCGUUACCAAGACUGUCCUGACGACAGCGAUGAAAGCAACUGCAGUCAGUGCACCAGCCUCAGCGAUGAAUACCGUUGUAACGGCAAAACAAUGAGAUGCAUCCCGAAUGAACAGUACUGCGAUCAAGUGCAGCAAUGCCCUGAUGGAGACGACGAACAAUCGUGCAGUUGCUACCUUUUUAUUCAUUUUUUCUUUAAUUUAGAUGAAAUUCCAAAUGCUGAUUUUGAUUUAUACAACCAACUGUUGCUGGUAUAA